UCUACAGAAAGUCUUCCUCAUAGAAAAGUUCUAUUAUUUACAUGCGCCUUCUAUUGGAACACUUGCAGUACAUGAUGUGUUCGACUGCACUUUUGGAUGCCUCCACAAUCCUCUCUCGGUUCUUCUGUGAAUCUGGCCACCUCCGAAAGAGCAGACGGUACAUUUUGGUGUGAGUUCUUGUCUUCCGAUGGAUACAGAAAUCCAAAGGGAUACAGGAGGAACCAGAGUUCGCACCACUUUAAUCUAGACUCACCUUGUUCAUCAUAUCCUUGCCACAAUGGAGGCGCGUGUGAGGCAAACCACAGAGACAAUACAUUUGAAUGCAUCUGCGAGAGCGGUUUCACUGGAGAGUAUUGCGAAAAAGCAUUGAAGGCAUGUAAAGAUAUUUAUGACGUUCACAAGCAAGUCGCGCUUAACGUGAGUAAGUUGGUCCCUCUGAUCAUCAGCGAGAAACCAGUCUCCAUUCUUUGUCAGAUGGGAGAUUUUGGAUGUGGAGAUGGAGGAUGGACGCCUGUGAUGAAGAUUGACGGCAGCAAGGUUUGA